AUUUAUUUGUUAUUCUGUGAUAUUGGCUUUCGAGUUAACAUUUUGUCGCGGAUAAACGUCAAUGAGACGAAAAAAGUUGAAGGGCGGUCGCACUUUUUCAGGUUGUUCCUUCAUUCCAAAAGAGGAAUUUGAAUUUGAGCCCAGCCGGAGCGCUGGCUCCGUUGGUAAAAAAUAGUCUCGACGCGAUUUCCGCGAUCCUAGAAAGUGCAGCGGUCGGAGGUGCGCGGGGUUCGACGGUUGCUUGGCUACGGAGUCAGCCCGAGCGGAUAUGUCACUCUUUCAGUGCGGGGCGUGCAGUGGGGGAAUGAACAAGUGUUCCAAAGAUGGCGUCGCAUCGGGAGUCGUCCGUUGAAGCGACGCAAUCCUCGCGUUGAAAAUUCUUUUUUUUUUCCUAUUACUUUGCAACGCUUUCCAAUUGCUUGACAAGUGAAUAUCAAUAAAAAACACAGCAUCAGUGUAAAAAAGCCCGAAAUAAAGGGCGUUAUUGGAGGGCCCAAAUGACAUGGGCAUUUGCAGCAGAAGACACUUUCUACUGACAAUAUGCAGUCUCCAACUCAUAACUACCAUCGAACGCCAAAUCUUCGACUUUUUGGGGUUUAUGUGGGCCCCGAUACUGGCCAAUUUUUUCAACAUCAUUUUCGUCAUACUAGGAUUUUUUGGGGCCUUUCAGUACAGGCCUAAAUACAUAAUAUCGUACUGCGUUUGGAACACUCUCUGGCUGGGAUGGAACGUUUUUACAAUAUGCUUCUACCUCGACGUUGGCACACUGGAUAAGGAGAGCGACCUCCUGAGUUUUCGAACGGGCAGCUAUUCGUGGUGGGAAUCGAACGGUCCCGGUUGCAAAAUAGUUAACGAGAUAACAGAGCCUGAGAUUUAUAGAUCGAGGCCGAACGCAACGGACUGCAUUCUCCGCUACGAGGUCAUCGAGGUCAUGCACGCAUCGACCCAAUGUAUUUUGGGACUCAUGGCCGUCGUCGGUGGAAUUUGUUUGAGCCGAGUUUUUUUGGAGGAAGACGACAGCUUACCAACUAAGAAACGGAAAAAGCAGCCGCGACCGCUGUACAGCAUCGAGUACUCGCAGCCGGAAAUGCCAGUCCAAGAUGACAGCAGCGUCUCCCCGAAGCCGAUGACCCCGAGGCGGGUAAAGAGGCGCUCCGUCAUAUCGCGGGACGGUACGAGGCGCUCCAGUCGCCGGAGCUCGCUGCGGCAGUCCCGCCGGAAAAAUCCUGUCAACAGAAUAAUCGAGCAGCAGGAAAGUCUGUACGCGAACACGGUGCCAAUGGCGGUCGGGCUGACAGGCCCGGGCGUGACAACCAUCUCGCAGACGACCCUCAACUACGACAGGAUCUCGAGCACCUGGGACCGCGACAGGAACGCUAAUUGGCAGCCGGAAGCUGUCAACAUGACAGUCUCGUCCCCGACCCUCUGGAGCCCGGAUCCGAACUACUCCAACACCGCGAGCUUCCCACCCAGCAGUGACAACAACAAUCCAAACACUUGGAUGACAGCUGUCAACAACGUGUCGACUAGAAAUUUGACCGACAAUUGGCAGAACAGCGAACUCAGCCCGAUGCAAUGGCAAGGCCAGAGCAACCCCACCUUCCAACAGACCAGCACUCAGAGCCUCAACGGCGAUGACAUGGAGGACCUCUAUGGCAAUCGACCUCCGAGCGCACGCUCCAGCUACAGCAACUAUCACGGCGUCCGGGCCACUCCGCAAGUCCCAACGAGAACUGACGUCGUCCGACAAAGCCAACGCCAGUUCGUCCUCAGCGGCGGCCCGCCCGCUUAUCAAGACACUGUCAUUUGACAGGCCACCUCGUGAAUCUUCUGGUUUCUGCCAAUUGACACUGCCCAGCGGUCCGGCUACGAAAUUUGACAGCCGCCAUCUUUAACGACGGAUUUCAAAUUAACGAAAAUGUUUUUCUCAAAUUCGCUCAACAACUCCGGACCGUCGAACUCCAUUCGCCCCUGUCGAUAAUCGCUUUUACCCAUUUUUCACUGAUUUUUACAAAAUUUCUUUUGACCUCGGUUCACGAACGCUCGGCUUCGAGCAUCCAGCGGCAGCUGCGAAUCAGCAGACCGGAGAGGCUGUCAAAUCUCGUUCCCCCCGCUGUCAAUAACCGCCCCCGACCGAAAGAGUUCGUACACAUCCGGCGUCCCGGGACGAGAGGCCCACAAAAAUAUCAUUGCAACCAUAAAAAGUGGACUCUCGUCCCCAUCCCUCCGGAUAUUCGACUGAACUACAGAGCUUUACUUAAACAUAUAGAUAACGAGGAAUAAUUUGAGUUGGACCUCGAGGAAAAGAGCGCGGCGUUUUCUCUUCCUCUUUCCACUGGUCCACAAUUUUAAGUACGUCGUAGAAUUACUCGAAAAAUGAGACGAUCAUUGAACUAGACUUAGGGGAGAAACACAUCAAAAAGUAAAGUAAGAAAAUCUCACGAUCUCCAUUUAAACAAUACGUCUAAUCAAAAUCAUUUUGUAAAUAUUGCCUCAUCGCGUUGAUUCAUCGAAAAUAAUCGUUUGCUCUCGAUGCCAAUCACGUUUUUCGACACGCCCCACUUUCUCAUCCUCACAAACGGGUAAUUUCUUAAUUAACUGCAAACAAUGAACAAUUUUAACGAGUAGAUCAUUAUCGUUAAGUCUUCCAGUGCAAAUAAUCGUGAUCAGCUCGAUAAGCGAAACGCGAGCGACGAUUUAUUCCACGUAGUUUUUAAUCUUAAGGUAGAUCAUGACCGAACGAUCGUAUUUUAUAGUUGUCUAAAAUUCUAUCGAUUUUUACUUCAUCACUUUAAACUCAUGACAGAGUUAUUUAUUCGAAAUUGUAAAUACAUUUUUACAACUUAUCUUUUCGCGACGAAAUUUCACUCGUCCCUGGCGGAAACACUCUCGUUUUUUAUCUUUAAAAUCGCAUUAGAGAAGGCUUUUUGAGAAACGUGUUUUUUCACACUUCCUAAAAAUAUAGAAAUUCGCAAUUUUUCGGCUCUUUACAGGCUCGUAUGGAAGGGAAAUGUGUGGAAAUGAAAAAAUUGUGUGUACGUCGUACGCAGCUGAGAAAUUUCGAGAAUCAUUGAGCGUAAACCGUGUCCAAAUGAGAAUUUCUCAGAUGAAAAAAGUGUUUUUGUACUCUCGAUAUAUCCCGAGGCUGAGUAAUUUUCGUUCAGCCUGAAAAAAAUCCUCAAAAUUCGAUACGCGUCUCAGUCGAAAUUUCAAGACUCUCUCAAGACCAUCGUUUCGCGCACGAACUACCUUAAGGCGUUCUCAGUCAUGCCCAACUGCAAUGAGACUGGAGAUGCUUGUGAUUCUGCACCAGAAUGCAGCGUGUUUUUUCAGCUCGCUCUCGACUCGUAGUUUUUCACUAAAAGCUGAUUAAACCGACAAGUUUCGUAGUGAAAUUUAGGUCUAAUUAAUUUUAAUGAGGAAUUGUAACGGUAGUUUUUAGUGACAGGAGGAUCAGCGAGGAAUAGCGACGUGAGAACCAAAGUAUUAAAUAUCUGUAGUCGUAACGAGCUUCGAUAUUUUUUGUUUUUAGUUUCUAUCGAGCUCUAAGAUACGUAAAAUAAGCUUCGAAUAUGACGAACGAUUUUAUACUUGACAGUUUUAUACGAAAAUACACGAACGAAUGAACGUUCGAAGGAACCUUCGCUCCGUUGGCUACCGAACUAUUGUAUCGUCGAGCAACAAUAAGACAAUAAAUAAUUAUUAUAAUCCAA